GCGCGACGCCAGUUGACUCCGGACCCCCUCCUCCUCUCCUCCAGGUCUGCGGAGUCUCUGUUGAGCUGCUGCGCGCGUGCACGGGAACAGAGGAAAACAGUGAAUAAAUAAACAAACAAAUAAAACCUGAGAGAAAAAGAAAUAAAGGUCUUUACCUCCCCCGAUUCCUGCUUCUCUGCAACCCGAGGUAUAGAGUCGGAAGGUGCCCGUGAUGGACCCGCGGAAAGUGUCGGAGCUGAAGGGCUUCGUGCAGCUGUGUAAGGAGAACCCUGAUGUGCUGCACCUGCCCGAGAUGGAGUUCUUCCGCACCUGGCUGCAUGGACUGGGAGCGACCAUUCCACCACUUAAAAAGUCAGGCUGCCAGGGAAGAUGUCCAUGUGAUGCGACUCCGCCUCCUAACACAGCCCCGCCCCCGAAGGCCGAGCCGGCCCCGCCCACUGAGAGUGAGGAGAGUGAAUUAGAGAUUGACAACGAAGGAGUGAUAGAACCAGACACAGAUGAGGUUCAGGAGAUGGGUGACUACGAGAACCUGGAGGUGACUGAGGAGAUGAUGGAUCAGGCAAAUGAGAAGAAGGUGCAGGCAAUUGAUGCACUGGGAGAGGGAGAGCUGCAGAAAGCUCUGGAUCUGUUUACUGAAGCCAUCAAACUGAAUCCACGAUCAGCUAUACUCUACGCCAAGAGAGCCAGUGUGUACAUUAAGAUGCAGAAGCCGAAUGCAGCGAUUCGAGACUGUGACAGAGCGAUAGACAUAAACCCCGACUCUGCUCAGCCUUAUAAAUGGAGAGGGAAAGCACACAGGUUACUUGGACAUUGGGAAGAUGCAGCUAAAGAUUUGGCAACAGCCUGCAAACUGGAUUAUGAUGAUGAUGCCAGUGCCAUGCUGAAGGAGGUUCAGCCUAAAGCCCAUAAGAUCCAGGAGCACCGGCGUAAAUAUGAGCGUAAACGAGAGGAGAGAGAGAUCAGAGAGAGACAGGAGCGAGUGAAGAAAGCCAGGGAGGAGCAUGAGAGAGCACAGAGGGAGCAGGAAGCCAGGCAGCAAGCAGGAGAAGGAGCACAAGGAGGUUUCCCAGGAUUCCCAGGUGCCGGAGGUUUUCCAGGCGGAUCUCCGUUCGGAAUGCCAGGCCUGCAGGAGCUCUUUAACGACCCCGAGGUGCUCAUGGCCAUGAAGGACCCUGAAGUGAUGGCCGCCUUCCAGGACGUGGCUCAGAACCCAGCAAACAUCUCCAAGUACCAGUCCAACCCGAAGAUCAUGGCUCUCAUCAACAAACUGAGCUCCAAGUUCAGCGGGCCUCAGGCCUAGGAGGCCGACACUCUGCCAUAGCACUUACUCUCUAUAACAAUCUCUUUCUCGCUUACAUGAUCCGUUUCCUCCUCUGCUGACCAGAUCGAGGGGAGAGAAAUGUGUAGAAACUCGUACACUAGGUUUCAGGGCUACUAGAACACCACCGGGACGAAAACAAGGGGCAGGGAACGGCUAAUCAGUCUAAUCUAUUACCAUAAAAAUAAAAGGGGGGGGGGUGGAUGUGGUCUCGAACACUUCCUGAAUCACAGAGAGUGGCUUCGAGAAGGUCUAAAUCACUGCCUUGCAUUUCUUUUCUUCUCCCCCUGACUGUAUCCCCGAAUCCCUCUGUCCCGGACCCUCUCACUGCACUUCAUUCAAGCCGAACUGACGAGAUGUUCACGCUGAGGUUCCAUCCUGUCAGGUUCUCUCACGUUUUUCAGGCUCGUUCUUUAUUUUCUGACCUGUUCUGUCACACAGGGAGAAUAAAUUCACUGUUGUUUUUUUGUCCCCUGAUUCAGGAGUAUUUCUAUCUCAAAUGGCUCUGAAGGAUUAUUUCAGUCAAUAAAGGUUUCAGUUGUUGCAGA